AUGGUCUCGGACAGCUCCAGCAACAUCCGCGUCUUCAUUCGCUGGGACGACCAGACUGUCUUUGCUGGCGAGGAGAUCAAGUGCACCAUCACCUUCAAGAACGUUGCCGCCGAUUCCAGUCAACAUAAGCAGACCCAACGGCAGGCAAAUGUCGCCGAUCGUCCCAGAUAUGCCACCCCGCUGCAUCGUGGGAAGCCCAUCACCGGCUCGACCCCACCGACCCCGUCAACUGCUGGUCCCUCUCGCGGCCACCGUUCUACCCUUUCCCUAAGUGCACCGGCCGCCUUUUCAAGGAGCCGUUCUGGCUCGAUCGUGUGGCCACAACCCCCACCGCACCCUCCGAAAUCUAGCGACAACCAGGGCAACAGUCAUCGACGGUCCAUCUCCAUCGUCUCCAUUGGAUCGGCCAACACAGCUCCUGAUGAUGCGCAAAGCAACGCUUCGUUCGCCAGGAUACAAAGGCCCGGAAGGGGGCAUGCGCGGGCUCACAGCUUGCACAUUAUGCCCCGGGCUGGCCUCGGAAUCUCUGGGCCCCACAUCACCGCGGCAGGUCAGCUCUCCGAUGUUCAAAUCUACACAGAUGUCCGAUCGACACCCCCGGUCUCCAGGUCCAUCAACCAUGCCGAAUACUCCCGCCAUCAGCGGCCCUUUCCGACAGUCACGGUCACCUUCUAG